AUGAGUUUGUGCGUCUCGACCAUUGGCAACAAUCUAUCUAUUCUAACAUUUAACCAAGACGGCACCAAGGCGAUUGUGCUCGGAACUUCCUCCUCUAGAUCAUCCGAUUCCGAACCCAGAACAUCCCUCGAUAUCACAGUCCUCUUCUCUGGAGGAAUAGAUUCAACAGUUGUAGCUUUUCUUGCUCACCGACAUCUUCCUGUGACUGAACCUAUCGAUUUACUAAAUGUUGCCUUCGAAAAUCCUCGGACCUUAAAUGGCAGCAUCCCGCCGUCUUCCAAAAGAAAUAGGAAAUCCAAGAGCGACGUGCCAUCACCUACAGUCCCCGAUAGUCAGAAGUAUAUGGUUCCAGAUCGCAUUACAGGAUUGGCUCAGCUGGAAGAGUUUAAGCGGCUGGCACCUGAUAGAAUAUGGAAUUUUGUUCGUCUUAUUCCUAUAAUAAAAGAUGUCGCUGACAAUCAGGACAGGUGGAGAUCAACAUAUCGUAUGAAGUAUGCCGAUUUACUUGGUGGAAGAGGACAUCUCCGAAAAGAUGAAGGGGAGGACGAAUUCUAUGAAUCUCCAGCACGAGUAAUACUAAGUGGGCUCGGAGCCGAUGAGUUGAUUGGUGGCUACAUACGGCACAGGAACGCUUUCAAGCACGGCCAGUGGCAAGGCCUCCUCGAUGAGCUAGAUGUAGAUCGAAUCCAUACUCGCAACUUGGGCAGAGAUGAUCGGGUCAUAGCGUCUCAUGGCAAAGAGACCAGAUACCCCUAUCUUUCCCUAAGUCUGAUUGCCUUUCUCUCAAACCUGCCCAUAUACCUCAAAGUUGAUCCGAGAGUUGGGGCCGCAAACGGCCAGGAUGAAGAGUCAACUAGCUCAGAUGAAAUGAUUCAAUCUAGUCUGGUGAUAGCUGGACUACCUGGCGACAAAUUGUUACAUCGACUCGCUGCGAGACAACUCAGACUGGAAGUAGGAGUGCUCGAAUGGAAGGAGGGGAGUAAAUGCCAGAGGGGAAAUGCGGAUAGUGAUGAAGAAAUGCCAUAUGAAAAGAAGG